CUAUUGGGGAGACACCGCCUCCGAGGCCUUCGGAGGUGCUCAUCGGCCGCCUUGGGCUGCUGCCUCCGCUGCUGCCUCCUCCUUCCCUCCUCCGUCCGGGGAGAGACCGCGGGGCCGGAGGGGCGGCUGCGGCGGCGGCAGCGCGAUGGAGGAGCCGGGGCCGGGCGGCCGAGGCGCAGCGCGCGGACAGCGGCCCCCGAGCGCCGCGCAGCCCCGAGAGCAGGAGCGGAAGCUGGAGCAGGAGAAGCUGUCCGGGGUGGUGAAGAGCGUCCACCGGCGGCUCCGCAAGAAGUACCGCGAAGUGGGAGAUUUUGAUAAGAUCUGGCGAGAACACUGUGAAGAUGCGGAAACACUUUGUGAAUAUGCUGUUGCAAUGAAAAAUUUGGCAGAUAAUCACUGGGCAAAAACUUGUGAAGGUGAAGGUCGCAUUGAAUGGUGUUGUAGUGUAUGCAGAGAGUAUUUCCAAAAUGGUGGCAAGAGAAAAGCACUUGAAAAAGAUGAAAAACGAGCUGUACUCGCCACUAAGACCACUCCAGCCUUAACUGUGCAUGAGUCUUCUAAACUUGAAGGUCGUUUAACAAACCUCAGCUUUACAAGCCCUGAAUUUUUAACUGAGUUGCUUCAAGCCUCAGGAAAAAUCAGAUUACUUGAUGUUGGCAGCUGCUUUAAUCCAUUUUUGAAGUUUGAAGAAUUUCUGACUGUUGGCAUAGAUAUUGUACCUGCUGUAGAGAGUGUGUAUAAGUGUGACUUCCUGAACUUGCAGCUUCAGCAGCCACUCCAGCUUGCGCAAGACGCCAUAGAUGCUUUUCUGAAGCAGCUGAAAAAUCCUAUUGAUUCUCUUCCUGGAGAACUUUUCCAUGUGGUUGUUUUCUCUCUCCUUCUUUCCUAUUUUCCAUCACCCUACCAGCGAUGGAUAUGCUGCAAGAAAGCCCAUGAGCUGUUAGUGCUAAAUGGCUUAUUGCUCAUCAUCACCCCCGAUUCCUCCCAUCAGAACCGGCACGCUAUGAUGAUGAAGAGCUGGAAGAUUGCUAUAGAAUCCCUGGGCUUUAAGCGCUUCAAGUAUUCAAAAUUUUCUCAUAUGCAUCUCAUGGCUUUUAGGAAGACCUCCCUUAAAACCACAAGUGACUUGGUUAGUAGGAACUAUCCAGGGAUGUUAUAUAUUCCUCAAGAUUUCAACAGUGUAGAAGAUGAGGAGUAUUCUAACGCUUCCUGCUAUGUCCGAUCAGAUCUAGAAGAUGAACAGCUAGCAUACGGUUUCACAGAGCUCCCUGAUGCUCCUUAUGACUCAGAUUCUGGAGAAAGUCAAACCAGCUCUAUUCCCUUCUAUGAGCUAGAGGAUCCCAUCUUACUUUUAAGCUAAUGUAAACGCAAAAUGCCCUUUUAUUCCAGACUCCUAAACUAAUUGCUUACACUAAUCAGAAUACUAACAUGAACUCAGUAUUUAAAGCGUGGUUUGCAUAGAAGAGAUGCAAACGUUUACAGAGUUUGCUAUUUUUCUCUACUUCUGGAUUUCAAAAUUUAUUCUUAUAUAGGAAGCUUAAAGUUUUAUGCAAAGUGACUUCUGUCUUAGCAGAAACCACUGUUAGCAUUUUGCAUUAAGACUAAAAAGGUACCUUUUUUCUCUUUAGUGCUGUUGUGAAGCCUAAUUUACUAAAUAUUUUCCCUUUCAGUUUAGUGUUGACUUUACACCGUUGUCAUGGGAACUUUAAGAUAUGUAGAAAGCCGUAGAUUGCACUUUGAUGAUUCACAAGUUAAACAUUUGACACCUAGGUUGGAUUAGUUGUUUGUGGUGCACUUACCUUUUUCUUUAAAUUGUUAACGAUCACAGAAAACAUUUCCACUCAGUUUCAUCUAACUGUCCAGUAUUCCUGUACUUUUUGAAAUUGGUGACAACUCUUUUCAUAUUAAGCUCAUUUGGAGACAUUAGACAUUGGAAGACAGACUUCCCAAACUAUGUAUUCUAAUUUCAUUAACACAGUACAGCAAACAACAUUGCCAAAGCAGUAUUUCCAUGACGUUUUCACUGAUUUGGGCUUUGGUGUUCAGUAUAGUUAUACAUGAAAGCUCAUUUUUAUUUUUUAAAACUUAGACUUCAUUUAUAAAAUGUUGUGUUUAAGCAAGGAGCAAUGUAUAAUAUCCAAUACUGACCUGGGACACCUUUGUGAAAGGGUUUGCACUUGUAAGAGUUUAUAUUUUGCUGUGACCAACUCUGGUAGGGCCCUCACCUGUCCAUGAAGGCAGUGCUGCACCACAAGUUUGGAAUUACAUUAACAGUUUGGAAAUUAACCUCCUACUGAUAAUCUCAUAAGAUGGUCUUGACCUUUUGGUAUCCUAAUUCUUUUCUAAGCCCUAGCAGAAAAUUUUCUUUGACUAUAUAAACAAUUAGUUGGCUGUGGGAAAUUUCCCUUUCCACGUUGAUAAAUGCCUUUCUGCGUUUCUGAAUCAGAAGCAAAUGAUUAAAUAGGAAUAUAUGUCCAAACAAGACAAGCUUAAACCGUUAAGAACAUUCAGUCCACAUUGUCUUGUCAGCCAGCAAUUGUCAUGUGUCAUGUAAACUAUCAUUUUUAAGAGUGCCACUGUGUGGAUUUUUUUCGAGUGGUUAUUACAUUAAAAUUACCUCAUACUGAGGUUUUUGCACUGAAAUAUCACAGUUUCAGAUUUCAUGGUUAAUGUUAUGUGAGUGUGUGUGAGUGUCAGAGUGUGUGUAUGUGUAUUUUUAAAAGAAACUUGCAUUUUCAAUAGUUGAUCCUAAAUUUCAUAAACUGCACUUCUUUACUCUGGUAAAACUGAUGUUUUUGUGCUUAUUGUGAAUUGUUAUAGUUAACUUUGAAUGUCAAUUUUUAUUUAGAAUUACAUAAACUUACCUUUUGAAGAUAUCUGUUCAUUGUAUGUAUCCAAUAUUUCAAGUUCAGUUUCACAUGCUAAAUUAAUGAAAGUAACAUGAUUAUAACAACUUUAGAAAAGUCAGUUGUCUAAAUGCAAUAAACAUUAGUUGUUCAAAUUUGCCAUAAGUAACUUGAAAUUUUUCAUUUACUUGCAAUAGCGUACAGUUGCAUAAUUAUUAGAGUUGAUACUUCUUUUCAUUUAGGCACUACAGGAUAACGUUUCACAACUCCCACAAAAGAAAAGAAGACCAAGAUUGAAAUGGCACUGUGUUCAGGAUAAAACAAACGUUCCUCUUACCAUGCUGUUUUCUUGUUUGUUUUGUUUACUAUUUACAAUCUUAAGAGCAAAGAAAACAAUACACCAAAUGAAAUCGCUUUGAAAGUAAAUUUGGGAGGUUGAUCUAGGUAUGACCUUUGAGGUAGUUUUUCUGCUACAGCGAAAAAACGUUGGUGCUAUCCAUUCUUCUGAUUGUUUACUGAUGCUGAGCGUGCUUUUGCUCCGAGGUGUGCAUGAUGGGUUUUCAGUAGUACUUAAAGAUAGCUCUUCAUGAGAACUACUGCCACUUAGUAUAAAUUUGUUUGAUCUUAUGUCAUUUGUUACUGUAAACUCGGCUUUCUCAAAUUAGAACUUAACCAAUACAUAUUCCACAAGGCCAGUUCAGCAUGUAAGUGUUGACAUAGAAGCAGCCAUGUGGCAUGGGGUCAGACUAUACAAGUAAUGGCCAGUGACGUUAACAGGUCCUUCCAGUAUUGCAUGGGUACGCUAAAUGUUACGUCUUCUGGAUAUAAGUAGAUUCAGGGACAUCCUGUCACUUCACACAAUUUCUCCAAAACUUGGUAUUUCAAAAACAUGAUACUCAAGCCAGGUGGUAGUGGUGGCUGUGGCGCGAAGUGGUGGCACACACCUUUAAUCCCAGCACUUGGGAGGCAGAAUCAGGCUGAUCUCUUAGUUGGAGGUCAGCCCGGUCUACAGAAUGAGUUCCAGGACAGCCAUGGCUACACAGAGAAACCCUGUCUCAAAAAUUUUAAAUAAAUACAUAGAUAGGUAAAUAAAUAAGUAAAAGCCAGAUGAUAAUCAUGUGGUUGGUUGGGUUCGUGGGGCUCGUGAGCAGAUCAUGCUGUGUUACCAUAGGUGCAAAGUGGUUGGAGUUAGCGUACCUGAAAAUGUACGUUUGUGUUUGUUGUAUUUUUUCACAUUUUGUGAACAAAGCACAU